CUCUCUCGGGCCCGAGGUGUCGUGGGGUACAGUACCCAAGACGGGAAACGUCAAAAGAGCAGGCCGCGAAGCGUCGACCACGAAUUGGGCACUAGUCUGCGUUUCUGGGGCACUUUGCGCAGGGAAAAGAUCGUGUGGGUCUCUUUGAAAUCGCCGCGGUGUCCUUGCGCUCGUGCGAUUACUUUGCGGAGGAAGACAUGGCCUCGAAUCCGCAGACAGACACGCCCGGUCGUGCCACAGAUGUGCAACAGAGUCAGCCGUCCGCGGAGUCUAGCGCCAACCAGAACGCGACACAGCAGCCUCAACACGUGGCUGUACCCGUUUCGGGGGAUGCACCACCACCGGUGAUAGACACCAGUGCGAGUGAAAAUGAAGAGCAGGGGCAGCCAGUGGAUACCAGUGUCAGCGAAGGGGGACCUGAGGAGGACGACGACCUGGAUGUGGCGAGUUGGGGGUCGCGGAGUGAUGCAGGAGACUCUGCAUACGAGGACCUACAAUCACAAACAGCCUCAGUAACCUCGAGCAUCCUCGCCGGUCACUGGGAAAACGGCCGAAGAUACCACUCCUACCAAAGCGGGAAAUACAUGUUCCCCGAUGACGAGAUGGAGCAGGAACGCCUCGACGUCAAGUACGCCGCCAUUCACCUUACCUACGGCAGCAAGAUCUGCUUCGCGCCGCUGGAGGACCCGCAGAACGCCCUCGAUGUAGGCACCGGUACCGGCAUCUGGGCCAUCGACUUUGCAGAAGAGUACCCCGGCUGCACCGUCACCGCCAUCGACCUCAGCCCCAUCCAGCCCACCUGGGUCCCCCCAAACGUCAAGUUCGAAAUCGACGACGCGGAGCAGGACUGGACGUGGCCCGAGAACCACUUCGACUACGUGCAUCUGCGUACUAUGGCCGCGGCGGUGCGCGACUGGCCCCGCAUGUUCAGGCAGGCGUAUCGACACACCAAACCCGGCGGCUACAUCGAGCUUCAAGAACAAGACUACAUGGGCGUCAUGCAAUCCACCUCGCGCAACCCUGGCACCGCCUUCCUCACGUGGUGCAUCCAGCAAGGCCGGGCAGCCGGCCGCGUCGGCGUCAACCUGCGCAGCAUACCCUCGGAAAAGGCCGACCUCCUCCGCGCAGCCGGCUUCGUGGACGUUGUCAUCCACGAGUUCCGGUGUCCGAUUGGGCCGUGGGCCGCCGACAAGAAGAUGCGGGAUGCGGGGCUGCUGCAGCUGAGCGCUGUGCUGGAUGGGCUGGAGGGCCUGAGUUUGCGGUUGCUCAAGUUCUACGACGAGGGGUGGACGAAGGAUGAGUUGGAUGUGCUUUUGGCGAAGGUGCGGACGGAGUUGCGGAGUCGGGAGUGUCACGCUUAUUGGCCUGUGAUUGUGGUGUACGCGCGGAAACCGGAGUGAAGGCGAGCACGGGACAUGCUUUCUUCUUGUUCUUCUCCUCCCUCGUCUUGUUUCUCGCCAUGCCAGUCCAUUUACUGAGCACAUCUGCUGCAUAGCGUGCUAGCGUGCCUCAACUGC